UCUGGCUCGAACCAUGUUUUGGUUUUUUUAAUAAUAUAAUACAAUACCGGUACAGCGGGCCGACUUAUUUUAAUCUGUAACAAGUAAGAUCGCUAUACCUGCAUGCAUAUCUAUUGCCGGUGUGUGUGCUCGCUGCUACUCGUAUGUCGUAUCCACCAUCAUCGUCUCCAAACUUGCCUCUCGUGCUCCGGCCUCCGGCUCCGGCCAUGCCGCCUCCCAAUAACCGUCUCUGCGUAGCACUAGCUAUUGCGCUCGUCGUCUUCUCUUCGCUGCACACUCCAGCUGCUGCUUCUGCUGCUGACGGCGACACUCUUGCGGCAGGCCAGGCGCUCGCCGCCGGCGACAAGCUCGUCUCCCGCAACGGCAAGUUCGCGCUCGGCUUCUUCCAGUUCCGGCAAGCCCUGCCAGGCGGCGGCGGCACCGGUACGUCCGCAUCCGUCGUCGUCCCUUCCCCCGGCUGGUACCUCGGCGUAUGGUUCAACAAGAUCCCGGUCUGCACUCCGGUCUGGAUCGCCAACCGAGACAGGCCCAUCACCGAGUCCGAGCUCAAGGUAGCCCAAUUCAGAGUCGCAUCGACAGACGGCAACAACAAGCUGCUCGUCGUCGCCACCAGUAACACUAACACCAGCGCCGACAAUUCCAUCAUAAUCGUCGCCAACACCACCACGAACGGUAGCAGCGUCCAUGUCGUGCUCAUGGACACCGGCAACCUUGUCCUCCUGCCGCAAACUGAAGCCCUACUAUCCUCUGCUUCAGCGCCCGCCGCCAGCUCCUCCUCCUCCUCCUCCUCCUCCUCCUCCUCCUCCUCCUCCUCCCUGUGGCAAAGCUUCGACUACCCGACCGACGUCGGGCUCCCCGGCGCCAAGAUCGGCUGGACCAAGCUCGCCGGCGGCCGCUACUUCAGCCGCCAGUUCAUCUCGAAGAAGAGCCUGGUGGACCCGAGCCCCGGCUCCUACUCCAUCAGCAUCGACACCAACGGAUUCAUGCAGCUGACUCGCAACGCCCCGAGCGUGCAGUACUGGUCGUGGACGUCGGGGAGCCUGGGAAACCUCGUGACGGCGCUGACUGCCCUGAUCGACAUGGAUCCCAGGACCAAGGGGCUGCUGAAACCGGGCUACGUGGCCACCGCCGACGAGGUGUACUUCACCUACAGCAUCACCGACGAGUCGGCCUCCGUGUUCGUCCCCGUCGACGUCACCGGCCAGCUCAAGCUCAUGCUCUGGUCCGACUCCAAGCGGGCCUGGGAGACCAUCUACGCCCAGCCUUCUGAUUUCUGCGUCACCUCUGCCGUCUGCGGCCCUUUCACCGUCUGCAACGGCAACUCCGGCCCGUCGCCGUCGUCCUUCUGUACCUGCAUGGACACCUUCUCUAUCAGGUCCCCUCGGCAUUGGGAGCUUGGUGAUCUCACAGAAGGGUGUGCGAGGACAACCCCCUUGGACUGCGAAGCUGCUAACAGAAGCAGCAAUGGUAGUCCCGCUCCUGCAGGCUCCACGGACGUGUUCCACCCCAUAGCUCAAGUGGCUUUGCCUUUGCCCUACAAUUCCCGGCCAAUAGAGGACGCCACUACGCAAAACGGCUGCGAGGCGGCUUGUCUCGGCGACUGCAACUGCACGGCCUACUCCUUCAGCACCGAUGGCAAAUGCUCUGUCUGGAAUGGGGACCUGCUCAACGUGGACCAGGCCGACAGCACCAUAAGCUCCCAAGGUGUUCUUUACCUUCGUCUCGCCAAGAGUGAUUUCCAGGGUUUGAGCAGAGGCAACAAGAGGACACCGACGGCGGCGAUCGCUGCAGGCGCUGUUGGUUCUGGAAUACUAGUGCUCGCCGUGCUAGCGCUCGUAAUCUGGAGGUGCAACAAUGUGCCGCCGCCGCUACACGCCGGCGUCGGAGACGGUGGCGGAAUCAUGGCGUUCAAACACACCGAUCUAUGCCGCGCUACUAAGAACUUCAGCGACAGGCUCGGGGGAGGUGGUUUCGGCUCCGUGUUCAAGGGACUGUUGGGUGACUCGACCGCUGUGGCGGUGAAAAGGCUCGACGAUGCCCGGCAAGGCGAGAAGCAGUUCCGGGCUGAGGUGAGCUCGGUCGGGAUGAUCCAGCACAUCAACCUGGUCAGACUGAUCGGCUUCUGCUGCGAAGGCGACAAGAGGCUGCUUGUGUACGAGCACGUGGUGAACGGGUCCCUCGACGCGCAUCUGUUCCAGCAGAGCAGUGCCGCCGUCGUCGCCACUGCGCUGGAUUGGAGCAAGAGGUACAGGAUCGCCGUCGGGGUCGCAAGAGGAUUGUGCUACCUGCACCAGAGCUGCCGCGAGUGCAUCAUCCACUGCGACAUCAAACCGGAGAACAUCCUCCUCGACGCGUCCUUCGCGCCCAAGAUCGCGGACUUCGGGAUGGCGGCGUUCGUCGGCCGAGACUUCAGCCGGGUCCUGACCACGUUCCGAGGGACAGCAGGGUACCUCGCCCCGGAGUGGCUGAGCGGGGUCCCCAUCACGCCCAAGGUGGACGUCUACAGCUUCGGCAUGGUGGUCCUGGAGAUCGUGUCCGGGCAGAGGAACACGCCGCCGCAGGCUCUCAGCAGGAGCGGUUACUACCACGCCGCGGCGUAUUUCCCGGUGCAGGCCAUCACGAAGCUUCACGAGGGAGACCUGCAGGGCUUGGUGGACCCGCGCCUACAGGGAGACCUCAGCCUGGAGGAGGCGGAGAGGCUGUUUAAAGUCGCGUUCUGGUGCAUCCAAGACGACGAGUGCGACCGGCCGACCAUGGCUGACGUUGUCCGCGUUCUCGAGGGCCUCCAGGAGCUCGAUAUGCCCCCAGUGCCAAGACUACUUGCAGCUAUUACAGCACGCGCCAAUGCGGAUUUCAUGUGAUAGAUAGUUCAUAGCUAGACUGCUAGACUAGAUAAUUCCAUCUCCGUCGUGACGACGCAAGGCCUCAUGAUGAUUGAGCUCGAGCAUGGCUGGCAUGGCAGCACUUCCUGCUUGACUGCGUCUGCGUGGUCAGAUUAAGCCUUUGAUAAUUGUAAGACGAUCUGAAAAUCUGAGUGGUUCUAUGGCGUUGACAAUCAUUAGUGCAAUUGACAAUAAGUCAAUUUGCAUUGCUUA